GAUUGGCCGCGCGGGUGGGGGGGGCGGGGCCUGGCGCUGGAGCGGCGCGUGCGCGGAGCGACGGGAAGAUGGUGCUGAUCAAGGAGUUCCGAGUGGUUUUACCUUGCUCAGUGCAAGAGUAUCAAGUUGGGCAACUUUACUCUGUGGCAGAAGCUAGCAAAAAUGAAACAGGAGGUGGAGAAGGCAUUCAAGUCUUAAAAAACGAGCCUUAUGAAAAUGAUGGAGAGAAGGGACAAUAUACUCACAAGAUCUACCAUUUAAAGAGUAAAGUCCCUGGCUUUGUAAGGAUGAUUGCUCCAGAAGGCUCCCUGGUGUUCCACGAGAAAGCCUGGAAUGCAUAUCCCUACUGUAGAACAAUUGUGACAAAUGAAUACAUGAAAGACAACUUCUUCAUAAAAAUUGAGACCUGGCAUAAACCAGAUUUGGGGACAACAGAGAAUGUGCACAAUUUAGAUCCCAACACGUGGAGGAGUGUUGAAGUUGUCCAUAUUGAUAUUGCAGAUAGAACUCAAGUAGAACCAGGAGACUACAAAGCUGAUGAAGAUCCUGCAUUAUUCCAGUCAGUUAAGACGAAGAGAGGACCUCUGGGGCCAAAUUGGAAGAAAGAGCUAGCAACUGAUGAGGAGUGUCCCAAAAUGUGUGCUUACAAGUUGGUGACCAUCAAAUUUAAGUGGUGGGGACUGCAGAACAAAGUCGAAAACUUUAUACAAAAGCAAGAAAAAAGGAUAUUUACCAACUUCCAUCGCCAGCUGUUCUGUUGGAUUGACAAGUGGAUUGAGCUGACUAUGGAGGACAUUAGGAGAAUGGAGGAUGAAACCCAGAGGGAGCUGGAAGCGAUGCGUAAGAAGGGUUCCGUUCGAGGCACUUUGGCUGCGGACGUCUAGAGGAGUUCUCUGUAGGUUCUGAGGCAAAGCAAGCUGUCUGCGUAACCAAGGCCAAGUGAGAGGAACGAGCGCUGCCAAUGACGAGUGACGACGGACGGAUGCCGAAGCCAGAUCUCGGAUGUGUGUGUGGGUGCAUGACUCUGUAUAUAACUAUACACGCACAUGCAGACGGAAGGGGUGGUUACAAGUGUCUCCGGGUGCUAUACCUGUCCUAGCAAAGAUUCCAAGGAAACUGCUUUCAUUAUGUAUACCCCAAGCAAAUAAAAAUCAACUGAGUAGUGUCAUUUAAAGGAUGAAUUUUGCUAACUGGUAUGUUCAUGAAUGUCAAUACUGGACCAAUUUCUGCCCUACUUGUUUUUUUUUCUCCUGUCCGAGUCAUUCUGCUCUAACUCACCCAUCUUUCAUUGUAAAGAAACACUCAAACAAGUUAAUUUCGGUUUUAUGUCUUCCCUAUGUGAUGAGUUUUGGAAUAGGAACAAUGAAUGUAUUUAUAGCUAUUUAUUUCUGGAUUGUCAUUAUCCUAUAGUCAAAUCAGAAGAAAAUUUCUAUUAGUGGAAAUUGGAAGACUUUUACUGUUGAAUAAGUUUAACCCAAACGUUACCCACUCACUGAUUUAAAAGAAAAAAACCCUUGUUUUAUUGGACUUUUGUACAUUGAAAUGCUAAUGGUUUUUCUUCAUUAAAAUUGGCAAGAUUAAGGAAAAA